AUGGACAAAAAGACGGGAAAGGCGAAUUAUCAUGACGCUUUUCGCCAUGAUGAGUCAAGAAAUACUCUGAAUAUUUCUUCAAGUUUUGAUAUAGAUGGCUCAUAUAACCAAGAAAGAUCUGGCCCUUCGAUCGUGCAGCUGUGCAACGGCGAAUCCUCAGAAGGAAGCUGUCUUGGGGACUUUGAUGAAGAACAAUACCACGAGGAAGAGGUGGGAGAGGAAGGCGAACAGGGAGCUCAAGAAGAGCAAGAAACUGAUAAUCUGGAUUCAUUCGCUGGUGAAGCUGAUUAUACGGAUGAAGAUGAAUCCCAAGAUGGCGAGCCAAACUUGAAUAAUGAUACCAGGGCCCGGGAAUAUCGUGAUAGUAUCCUUCGAGAUCUUGUUGGACAGGAAUCAGGUGUAAGACCAGGUUCAAAUCUUCUUGAUGUUGUACAAAGGUUGGUUGGGGGUCUAGAUGCUUCGCCAUUUGGACGCCAACUGGCAGAAUUCGAGGCACUUAUUUCCAAUCUUUCUCAACGUGAAGACUCUUUUCUUGUGAUGGAAUCUUUGAAUGAAUUGUCAGAGAGACUAUUGAUGAUGAAUGGUAUCACUGCUGAGCGACUCAUCCCAGCCAAUAGGCUAGCACGAUCCUUAACCGAAAUCUUGCGAGACCCAACCUUUCAAGAUCAUCUAGAAUUACAGUUAGUGGCAUGCCGUUGUUUAUUCAACUUUGUGGAAGUGAAUCAAGACUUUAUCAAUGAUGCACUCAUAAACGGUGCUGUGGAAACCCUCAUAUCUCAUCUUUUUGAGAUAACUUACAUUGAUCUCACUGAACAAGCAUUGCAAGCAUUAGAAAUGAUUUCGAGAGAACGAUGCUCUCAUAGUCUUAUCGUCAAAAAUGACGGUCUCCUAGCAUGUCUUCAAAAUUUGGAUUUUUUAACAGUCCACGCCCAGCGGAAAAGCUUAGCUAUUGUAUCGAACUCUUGCCUUCAUUUGAAUGAUGGGGAUUUCGAGAAGGUUGGAAGCUGUACCGAAAAACUCUUUGACGUUGCCAAGAACAACUCUGAUAAGACAGUUACGGAAAACGCAUGGCUAGCGCUAUCCAGAAUAGUCAUGAGCUUUAGAGGUAAACCUGAAUUACAGGAAUCUCUAUUUGCAGAUGUCUCCUUUCUUGGUCUAGUGAAGGAAACUUUCACCGCUGCUUGCAGUUCCGGAACUAAUGAUUCAACAGUGGGUUUCAGGAUAGGGCUAAGUCUUUUACGAUCCCUUCAAUAUAUGGCGGCCACAUCAACCAAACUAACCGAGUUAUUGAUUGACAUAAGCUUGGGUGAAUCAUUAUAUUGUACCCUACAAAGCUACGCCAAAGAAGGCGAGUCAAAUACACCAGAAAGCUCUUCUAAUGGAGAACCGAAAUUAAGGGCCGAACUUUCUAUUGACUCCAUAAUGGCUGCUCCAAAGGAUCUCGUAUGCGAGGUUCUUCAAGUCAUUGGUUCAAUAUUGCCUGCGAACUAUGCUCUUACCGAUUCACCCUUCGUCUUCCUACCAGAUGAUAAAAGCUCCCUGAUGACUAACUUAAAUAUAGCGAAGGCAGAAUGUCUUCUGAAGAGACAAAAUGAGAUAAAUGCUUUUGUUCAAUGGACUUGGCCGAUUUUACUCAAGGCUUUCUCAGCGAGCUUGGAUUGGGACUUGCGCAGGAUGGCUCUUAUCAACAUCUUCCGGUCAUUAAUGCAAAUAAACAAAGAGCUACCCAUCAUAAAGGAACAGGCUGAAGAGCUAUCAGGUGUUUUGGCAUCCAUAAUCAGUACAAGUAAAGCUGAAUUUGGUUCCGCACAGUUCGAAGAUUUAGAUGACCGCAUAACAGCUCAUGCUGGGGUACAAUUAUUGCCUUCUUUGGCUAUUCUCAACUGUAUUAUGUCGAAAGAAUUUCUGGCUUGCUCCAGAUCCUUAGAGACAGAAGGGGUUUAUCAGGAUACUGAACUGAUAGCUCGAGUAUUCGAGAGCUCACGCCCAGAACUGAAGGAAGCAAGUGUCCCACCGCAUAUUUCGAAUCGGUUGGCCAGCAUUAGUCGGUUCCCACCAAACAAUCAAGAUCCCGAGUUUUCCAGAACGUCUGAAAAGGUGCCGAAAGAUCUUGUACUAAGAAGGCUAGGUUUUUUUCUAGCUUCAUUCCAAAAUUGCCGGAUCGCCUUUAAAACUGGCUCUACAGAUGAUGACUCUAUCAAGACAAAACAUUUGAAAGAGAUCUUCCAACUUUCUCGCUCCCUGGAAGGAUUAGAUCGAAAUGACUAUGAAAAGUUAUGGUUACUUCUUAAAGACUUGCUUUUAUCUGAUUCCCACCCGAUAUCAAGCUACGAACUUAUGUCACUGGGUGCAACAGAGUUAAUGAUAUCCGAAUUCCUCAAGACAGACGAAAGAGAUGUAUUUGCGGCUUUUUCCAAGGACACAUUUUUCUCCUUGAUUUUCAGCGAUUUUAAGGCGUCAAAGAAAUUAAUUCAUUUACUACUUGAUUCUUUACUGAGACUGGAAGUCUUCAAUGUUGUUUCAGCAACGGAUAGAACGGCUUCCCGCGAUCCGAUACACACUACGAACCUUGCUAGGCAGUUUAGGAUUGAAAUAUCCCCUUGUGAUAAAGAUAGCUCUGAAAAACCAAUUAUAGUUUAUGUCCAAGCCAUCGCAACCUUUCGCUCAAUUGAGUCUUUUUUGAAACAGAAGGCACUUACAUCAGAUUCUUUUGACGAAGUUAUGCACAAUGACAAUACCACGGAUAAAGAGGGGGAAGAUAUCCUUGAUUUUUUCGUGGACGACGUGUAUGUUCCAACAGAUACUACAAUAUUUGGAGCUAUAUUUAAUUCAGUGCAAGAAAAAAAAGAUGGCUUAUCUCACCCAGACAUAUGGUCGCGGGUACACAAGGUCACUUACGGCAGGCUGAAGAGCUCAGGCAAUGCAAGUGAAAACAAAGUCAUCCCUGACGUCUCAACAGAUCACAUUGUCUCUCAUACCACACUUUCAACCUUGAAGUUGCUUAAGAAGUUCUAUGGCUGGAACUUAAUGUUGAGAAAUAGAGGCCUCGUAAGUCACCCAGACGAUAUUUUCCGAAGUUGGAAGCUUACGGUCAAACUCAAGCGGCAAUUGGAAGAAAUUCUUGUUGUGGCUAGUGGGGCACAACCCCCAUGGAGUUUGGUAUUAACCAGAGAAUACCCCUUCCUAUUUCCUUUGGAGAUAAGAAUUCUCUUUUUGCAAAGUACUUCAUUCGGUUAUUCCCGUUUAAUUCACCAUUGGCAGGCCACCAUAGAGCGUGACCCACCUGUUUCUACUCAGGGAUCAGACUCGCUCAUGGCAACAAGGAAGCUUCAACUAGGUCGGAUAAGUCGGCAAAAAGUCAGAAUCGCCAGAUCGAACUUCUUCCCUAGUGCUCUUAAGCUUUUAGAAAAAUUUGGUUCGUCUCCCGGAAUUCUUGAAAUUGAAUAUUAUGAUGAGGUGGGCUCUGGCUUGGGGCCCACCCUGGAAUUUUACUCGAUAGUAUCUCACGAAUUUCAAGAAAGAAAGUUGCGUAUGUGGCUAGAAUCUGAUAGCGAGCAACAUUCCAAUGGCUAUGUCAGAUCCGAUAAUGGCCUUUUUCCUAGACCACUUUCUAACACCGAGAUACACUCAAAGUAUGGAAGGAAGAUAUCGUAUUUGUUUUUCUGUCUCGGUAAGUUUUUGGCCAGAUCACUUUUCGAUUCCAGGAUUGUCGAUCUCGAUCUCAAUCCCUAUUUAUUUGAUAUCAUCAGAUAUACAGAAGAACCCAAAAGGUCUGCUUGGAAAAGAUCCGUCACAUUGGAUAAUCUUGCGGAAGUUGACAGAAGGCUCUCUCUGAGCUUGAGAAAGCUUUCCGAGCUAGCAAAGUCGGCCAGGAUAUUGGAUCAACCCGACUUGAUAGAGGCAAUGGAAUUAUACUACCUUCUCCCGGGAAAUUCGGAUUAUGAGUUGGUGCCCAAUGGCGCCCAAGUUAAAGUUACUACAGACAACGUUAACAAUUAUAUCCAGUUGGUGAUAGAAGCGGUAUUACUACACGGUGUUGCCAACCAGGUCACGAGCCUAGCCGAGGGGUUCUCGACUGUAUUUCCUGUGAACUCAAUCAAAGUCUUCUCUUCCCAGGAGCUUAGACAAAUAUUUGGAGCCAAAGAGGAGGAUUGGUCUGAAGCGACCAUUUCAGAGGCUAUUCGGGCAAACCACGGCUACACGAAGGCAUCUAGUACGAUUAUGAGUCUAGUAAAAAUUCUUUCUUCGCUAGAUCAACGUUCUCGCCGUCAGUUUUUGCAGUUUCUAACAGGAUCUCCUAGAUUGCCGCUCGGUGGUUUCAAAAAUCUACGCCCAGAGUUCACAGUUGUCAAGAAAGAGCCUGAAGGUCAGUUGAAGAGCGAUGAUUAUCUACCUUCGGUAAUGACAUGCGCUCUGUACUUGAAGCUUCCUGACUACUCUCUGAUAGAGAUCAUGGAAUCUCGCUUGUUGAGAGCCAUUGAUGACGAUACAUUGGUCAGAGAAUUAAUAUCCACCGCUCCACCGAAGGAAGUAGGACCAGUCAAGGACUCGUUGAGUAAAAUUGUUCCUAAGGAUGGCAAGCAGCUUAUCAAUGACUUAAUAGCGAGAUACCUCGAGCAAGAAGGCCACGCAAACAAUAAUGUUCUUAUUUCUGAAUUAGCUAAGGAUCAAGCAAGCGGUAAGUAUAUCGACUAUCAGAGUCAGCGGAAAUUUUACUAUGAUUCGACAAAGGAUGAAGCUUCGGAUUUUGAGCAGUUUUCUCCAGAGACUUUCCCAUCGUACUUCGACGAUCUCGUGGCAGCUCUUGAUGCUUACGGAAAGAAGUAUUAUCCUUCUUCAUAUCAAUUCAGCGUUGUACCAGGGGAGAGCGGUUUAGUAAUCAUUAUAUUAAGUGAGGAUGAUGAGCCAGCAAAUUUUUUCAGUGGCCGGUGGAGAUCGAUCUAUACCAUAGAGAAGGGUAAUAUUCGAGCUGACGUGAAGACGGACAUUCACUAUUAUGAAGAUGGAAAUGUGAGACUUCAUUUCAGUGACAGCUCGAAAAGUAUCCUCGAUGACGAGUCUGCAGAGGCCAUCGUAGAUUUCAUCAAGACCACCGAGGAUCGGUUAACCUUGCAAACAGUCAAGGAAUUUGACGAAUUGAAUCAGAACCAUUUUAAGCAUUUGAGAAGAUUGCUUCCUGUCACCAAAUCGAAGAUUAACUGGGGAAAAGCUAUUGGAAACUAUAAAUUGGGCUCCGAUGUCGUCAACCGUCAAUAG